GUCUGCUACAGACAAGGGAAGCGCUUCAGCUGGUACGGAGCCCCGUACGGCGGACACACACACACAGACAAUAGCACCGAAGAGUUGUCUAUAUGCGGGGAUAAAGCGCUGUAUUUAUUCGUGCCAUCUUUUUUAUCUGGAUUACUUCCACUGUUGACCCCAUCGGCUGUUUAAUCCAGCGCUAUUUUGUCACUAAUGGUGAUCGGAUACUUGAAUUGGUGAUUGUUCACACUAACGCCAUGAGUGGGCAUCUCAAGAGGAAGUUUGAGGAGGUGGAUGAGGACCCAUGCUACUCCUCACUCUCCUCCCUCUCCUCUGCCUGCUCAGGCUGGGACUCAGAGGGGGAGAGCUGCUAUUCGGACACCCUGGAUUCCACUCCCAGCAACCCCAGUUCCCCAGCAACAAAUUUCAACACAACAUCCAUCCUGAAGAAAUCCAAGCGAGCACGGCGUGGUAAUGUGACCUUUGACCAGGUGACGGUGUUCUUCUUCCCUCGGUGCCAGGGCUUCACCAGUGUUCCCAGUCGAGGAGGAUGCACUCUGGGCAUGAUGCAGCGCCACAGUGUGCUCCGCACUUAUACGCUUGCUGAGUUUGCCGUGGAGCAGCGCCUCCUACGGCGGGAAAAAUUCCUCAACCGACUCAGGGAGGAAAAGCUGGAAGCUCUCAAAUUAAAGCUGACUAAGAAUGGAACCCAAGAGAACGAGGAGGCGGAUCGUCUAACGGUGGACGACAUCCCCGAGCAGGACAUCGACAUCAGCGGGGCCAAUUUGGACGAGGGCUCUUUCCUCCAGCCUUACCCGCCCAAACGUCGCUACGCACUGCUCAAAACAGCCGGUGUGAAGAAGAUCGACAAGGAGGAGAAAAGGCAGCUGCAUGAUCUGAGGAUCUCUAGGGAGAACUGCGGUUGCGACUGCCAGGGCUUCUGCGAGCCUGAGACGUGUAGCUGCAGUCUGGCUGGCAUCAAAUGUCAGAUGGAUCAUUCCUCUUUCCCGUGUGGCUGUACCAAGGACGGCUGUGGAAACACAGAGGGUCGCAUUGAGUUCAACUCCACCAGGGUACAGACGCAUUACAUCCACACCAUUAUGAAGCUGGAGCUGGAGAAGAGGCUGGAGGAGCAGUCGAGCACAGAGGAGGAGGAGGAGAACACCACCAAUCUACCAGCAGCAGUGCCCUCCUUCCCCUUUAGUUCAGAACUGGCGGCAGCUGGAGAGAACAGCUGCAGCAGCGAUAUGACGGAUUUAUCAGACUCUUCAGGUCAGAGUGAUGACUCUGGGGCAGGCGAGAGCCCGUGUGAGCAUCACACCCAGCUGGAUGUGGAUGAGAAAGGCCUGAGCCGCAUUUUGAGUUUCAGCGACACAGAAAACGGCUCAAGAAGUAGCAGGGACUGCGGGGACUGUAAAGACAUUUGCUGCCCAGAUCAACGGCAAGAACAACAGCAGCCAUCUACGGAGGCUUUUAGUAGCUUUAGCAUGGUGGACUUUGCUGAUGAAAAUGACAAUAUAGACGCCGCACUGUUGGGCGAUCACACAGACAAUCGAGCAACAGCCAUCUCAGAACUUUUGGAUGAGAACGCCAACCAGGAAAACGGCCUAUUUCAUAGCAGUAGCGUGCCGCACACGCCCUCCCCAACCAUCGAUCGCUCGGCGAGCUAUAACAUGGACCUGAGCCUCUCCUCCGAGUCAGACCUGGAGUUCUUUGAUGGUUUCCCCUGCUUGGGGCCCAGCUCGCUCUACAACUCCCUCAAGGAGUACGAACACAUGGACAACUUUUUUCAGUUUCAGUUGCCUAGUUACCCUAGCCUCCCUCCAACGAGUGACCCCGGGACCUGUCUCCUGGAGUCGCUGAUUGGCCUUUCGGAAUCUGUCCCAGAACCCCCUGCCACAUUUACAGACAAUCAGCUGUUGGAGGAAGCCAUGAAAUUGUCUGUGAUGGAGUCUGUGAAAGUUUGACAAAACGUGAAAAUAUGUGGACAGUGCAAGAAAAAAAAGGGGUUCUACAGGGGGCCGAACAUGCACAUAAGAAGUCAAUGUCCACUUUUGGAGGAAGCUGUGAUUUCCCUCUUGCCUAAUAAAUGUUCAAAUUCCAGACUUGCCUUCAAAACGUUAGCAAAGCAGUUUGGGAUUAUUGCUGUGUGAGAUGGCAGCUAGUGUUAAAAGUGGGGGGAAAAAGAGAUCAAUUUGACCAGGCCCAUAGAAACCAAUGAUGGCUCUCAGUUCCUAAGAAAGCUCUUUUAACCAAACCAAGAUCACCAACCAUAUGCUAAACAGGAAUCAACCUUAACCGGGGCCAGGUUGGGAAUCUCAACACAGCUGAAUGUGCACCUCAGGGAUUUUUUCUAGCUUUCUAGCUUUUGGAGGCAAUGUAUGGUGACCAUUGCUGUGAUGGCCUUCAUCUGACACCCAGAGUCAAAACACAAUAUAGUCCUGUUCAUGUCCUCCCUUUGGGCUCAAACCCAGAUGACUUGAGUAGGUAGGGUCCUCCCUGUGUUGAAUCCUGAAGCUAGUGGACUCUCGUAAGGGUAUAGAAAUAGAAUAAGACUAGAACCAACACUGCUAGCUGUGGUCAUCUGGCUGGUACAUGAUAAAAUGGUGAAUGUUAUGGUGACAACACACGUCAUUAGGGCUGUAAAAUGUGGUCUGCAAAGGCAGAGGGACCAUAUCACUGCAGCUGGCCACCAGCCCGCUGUUUCUGUGUAACCACUGUAGCAUAAAAAUAUGCUGGAAUUAGCAAGCUAUUUAGCUAACUAGAGGACAAGCUUGUUAUUUCCGCCAUGCUUUAAUGCUACACUGGUUACAGAAAUGAGCCAAACAAAGAUGUCUUUCGUAUGCUGUGACGUGUGUGGAUGAAGCAUUUUGUUGUUGAAUUUUACUCAUUAAGCGGCCAGCCCUUUAGGAGUUAUGGCAACGGUACACGUAAAAAUGGCCACCAAACUGACCACCAUGCUUUGUUGAGUUGAAUGGGAAUGUUUGUUGUAGUCUUAUUCUAUUUCUAUGCCAAAAAAGGUCUUAUAUGGUACAAAAAAAUCCCUCUAAAAGCUCCUCGAUCAGCACUUUAUCUGUGAAAAUAGUUAUGUAUGAAUAGGCAUUGUUGUGGUUGUAUGGGGUCAAUUCAACAGUUCAACGCUAAAUUAUGGAGUUUCUUAUUUAUGAGCUGGGUAACUAGAAAUAACGCUCAUACCAUUAAAAGCUGUAGCUUGUAUUGUCUUUAUUACUUUUGUUUUAAAUUAUUUCCUAUUAUGAUUUUAUUCUAUUUAUUUCUGAUAAAGCCUACUUUCACUCGAGAAGCACUGUGGUUUGAUAUUUUCACCUGAAAGUGCAAUCUUCCUUCCUUUUUUCCAUAUCAUCAUUAAGGCAUUGUUAUGGGAAAUGGGACCACAAGUCCAUCAGAAAGUAUUUAAUAUCUAUUCUCUUAUACAUUUAACUUUUUUUUUUGAUAACUUAUUACGUCAUCAUUUCAUUAGCUAUUUAAUUUAAGACAUUUUGGCAAUAAAAUGGGGUGUUGUGAAGUUUACUGGAUGUGCCUGCUUAUCAGGGGAGCCAUGCCUGCCAAUGGUGUGUGCACAGUGCUUCCAUUUAAGCGUUGGGACUGAAAACUGUGGAAUCUCCCUAAUCACUGAAACUAAAUUAUGGGUCUAUUGUAUCGCUGCCUAUUAUGUAACCAUAGAAAAUUACACUAAUAUUUUGUAACUAAUUUAUGUAGGUUGAUGAAAGAAUUCUAAUCACUGACAAAUUGAAUAUUUUAUUAAGAAAGAAAAAUGAGUAAUUUUCAAUCUGGGACAACCAUUGUAAUAUAUGAAUUAUAGAGAAAUGUAUACUUAUGAAGGUUAUCGCUCUCUAGCAUUCUAAAGUAUUUUUCAUAGGCAGUCUUAUGGUUAGAUAUCUUUAGCGAAAUGCCACUAAAACUAAGUAAAUUGCAAAGAUCAAUUUGAUUGUAUUCUGAAUUUCUUGGAAGUCUGUGACUUGGGUUACAUUAUGUUAUGAAUUACACAUGUAAAGGGUUUGUGUGGGUAAAAACUGCAUAUAUUAUACAAUUUUUAUCGCACACACAAACCCUGAAAAUUGAAGAGUUGCCUCAUUCAUGACAGAUCAAGACCUUUCGAAGGUGAUUCUGCUGUCACCUGUUGGACAGUUGAGGACACUAGAGAGUUGAUGUACAUAUCUCACCCUUUCUACAGCUGUUUCAACAGCCUUUCUGGACCCUUUAGAAAUUAUGCAUGCAGGUCCUGUUUGUUAAAACUUGUUCUGAUUAAUUGUAUACUUUGAAAAAGUGCUCAGUGCACAUUGGAAAUGUAUUAUUCGCUUUUUGCCUUUUUGAUUACUUUGAAAUCCAUCCGAUAUGUGUUCUUAUGCCAUGAAGAGGGCACUGAUUUUUGCAAGUUUGUUUCUCUUGUACAAAACAUCAAUUCUCAUGAAGAAAUGGCAACAGUGAGUGUUUAUCAAUGUAAUGUAUUACAGUACAGCUUUUUUUAUUUUAUUUUCAAAGAACGUGUCUUACUUUUUGCCUUUUGUGUUGUACAUAUUUCUGCUUGAAUGGUCCUGCAGAGCAAACAAAGCUGCUUUAUUUUUUACAUAUUCACACUUUAACCUGCUGUUCAAAAACAGUUUCUUUCAUCUAAGCCAUUUUGACAGCCUGUCCCUCCAAAUAAUAAUAAAAAAAACAUUUUCUAAA